UAUUUAGUUUAUUAGGUUGUUAACUACUCGUAGAAGUAAAAAUAACUAGUAUUUACACAGAUGUGUAUUUGAAACUAUCAUCUAAUUUUACAUCGAAACUUAUAAACACUUUUGAAUAUAAAACCAGAAUUAGAAGUAAAACAUCUACUUUUAAGAAAUGGACCAGAAAUUUUACUUGACGACGACUACACAUAUGAUAUACGUGAUCAGGGCUUAAUCAAAAUCUAUGACUAGAAAGAAGAAAGAAUAAGAAAUGAUAUAAGAUAGAAAUCAAAAGCGUGCAAGAAUUUAUAAAUAUUAUGAUGGGCUCCAGCUAGAGAUCACUUUGGAAACUAUAACAAUGGCGAACAAAAUGACAAAUAUGCCACGUCAUCCACUCCCUCCAUGCCCUCGUUAUCAUUUUUUCUUAUAAAUAGAGUCUUUUUUCUUCUCCAAACCUUCCAGUAAGUCAUACAUAAAGCGUUGUUGUAUAGACACAACAAGAAAAAUAAAUAAAAAAGUUGAGCUUUGAAUAAGUUUAGAACUAGUAAUGGAAUGGAGAGAAUGUUACUUAGAUGUGAUCUUGGUGCCGCUAGGGCUAAUGGCAUAUGCAGCUUACCAUGCUUACUUGUGGCACAAGUUACGUACACAGCCUCUUACCACCAUCAUCGGCACUAACGCCCGAGCUCGCCGUUUCUGGGUCGCUUCCAUCAUCAAGGACAACGAGAAGAAGAACAUCUUGGCCGUUCAAACGCUGAGAAACUGCAUAAUGGGAUCGACUUUAAUGGCAACAACAUCGAUCCUCCUCUGCGCGGGUCUAGCGGCGGUUAUAAGCAGCACAUACGCAGUGAAGAAGCCUUUGAACGACGCAGUUUACGGAGCUCACGGAGAGUUCAUGGUGGCGCUUAAGUAUGUCACGAUCCUCACAAUCUUCCUCUGUUCUUUCUUCUGUCACUCUCUCUCGAUCCGAUUCAUCAACCAAGUCAACAUCCUCAUCAACACCCCUUUUCCACCGGAGGAGUUGGAGGAGGAGAUGAUGAUGACCGCGGAGGAAUACGUGGCGGAGUUGCUAGAGAGAGGGUUUGUUCUGAAUACGGUGGGGAAUCGGUUGUUCUACGCGGCGUUGCCUUUGAUGCUUUGGAUAUUUGGACCCGUGCUUGUGUUUUUGUGCUCGGUCGUGAUGGUUCCUCUUCUUUACAACCUUGAUUUCUUCUUCUUCGGUAAAGAAAGACGAAAACUCGAUAAAAAAUAUAGUUUUGGAUCUGAGUAGAUGAAUCAAGGAUCUAGUUUAUUAGCAGAGCAAAGUGAUGGUCAAUAAGUGAUUAUAUCGUCCUAUUGGUAAGAGUCCCAGGCACUGUUGGACCCAUGAGCAAUUUGCAUGACGGUUUUAGAUUUCGAAGAUUAUAUAGUUAGUUUAGGUUUCCAUUUAAGAUCUUAAUUUUAUAAGUAUAUAUUAUGCCUAUAGUAUAGGGUUUGUGUGAGCGUAUGAUGAUGAUGAAAGAGGGUGAAUAUGUUACAUGGGAAAACUUUAAGAUAUGAUUAUUAUUAUUGGAGUGUGUGUUGUGUGGUUUAAAUGUGUCACGUUCUGGUUUGUUGAGCGUUAUUGGCAUUUCCAUGUGGGUAACUUUAUAACGGAUACGCGUUGAAAAUAUAUUAUAUUCAUGCGUUAUAAUAUUAUGUGACAAAAAAUGCGAUGUACAUAUUUAUUCCGUGCAUUAGUAUCUCUCUUCUUAGUUAGUUAUAUAUGUGCCAAAGAAGCAGUCGUCACAAUCGAGC